GAUGAUGAAUUUGAACAUUGAGAAAUUGCUUGUGAGACUUCGACAAUUCCAGGAGACGGUAGAACCGAUUAAUUGUUUGCCGAUGUUUGGAGCCUUCACUAAUGAUCUUAUUCGGAAUAUGCGUUUGGGUUUAAUCCAAAUUGGUUGGGUGCGCCGAAUUUCAAUGCUGCAUUUUAUCAUAUGAUGGAUGGCUUCCAUAAAUUUGGUCCGUUGGCGGUGCAGUUCUCAUGGUUUAUUCCUAUGAUAAAUGCCAUUCCAAAGACUUUGCGCCAGAGUAUGAACCCUGGGGGAAAUAAAUUCCUUGAAUUCAAGCAAGAACUGCUGUCCAAUAUAGAUAAAACCAAUAGAGCCAAGGCAGCUUCUCAUCAGGAAGGAAAGGAAGUCAAGACAUUGUUCGAUGAAAUUACCGCCAGCAAAAUUCCCGAAAUUGAAAAACAACGAUCAAGACUUCUUGAUGAGGCUCGAAAUAUAUCGAUCGCCGGAACGGAAACAACUUCAUUGACUUUGAGCGAAAGAAUUCAAGGAUAA